CAUUUUGCCCUAAACUUUCUACCAGAGAGUAAUUCGCAACUCCCAACGUAGGGUGGUGUUAUUGGAAAGUAAUCGAACUGUACAGACAAGAACUGAGCUCAGAAUCGCAAAAGCCCAAUACAACAACACGGAUAAUAUACAAAUUACAUUACCCAAUGCCCUAUGGUGCCAAACUAGUUGGUCUGCGAUUAAGAGGGCAACAACCCCUUGAAGCUUUCUGCUUUCUGCUUUCCUUCGCCAGAGAGAGACGAGAGGGAGAGAGAUAUCUGGUGUAAGAAUGUCGAAGAAGAAAGCUUUCGCUGGUAAUACUAUGACUCUCAAAGACUUUCAUGGCGGUUCUAUCCCUUCUGAUCUCCCUCUUCCUUCUGCUCCUGGUGUUUGUGUUAGGUCUUCAGAGUGGUCUGGUUAUGACCGACCUAAUUCUUGGGGAGGCCCAAUGGGGGAUCUACCUGAUCAUCACCGAGCCAGGCCUAGUUCAUCCCCUGCCACUAGUCAUUUAGAUGACAAAACGCCAUUCCUCAAUCAUACUUGUCAUAUUGGCCCUCAUUUUGAUGAGGAUGAACGGAAGCCAUUAGAUGGUGUUUCUGUCCCGCGCCGGACUGUGAGUGAUGAGAGCUUUCGUGGUGUUGCAUCAGGUAGGCUGGGGUUGAUGCCGGAGCCCGUGUCCAGUCGGAGAGUGAUAGGUUCAGCUAUGGGACCACAAGUUGCAAGUUCUUAUUCUGGGAGGGUUAGUGAGGGUUCUCAUGUAGGGGCCAGUUCUCAGAAUGUAGGGGGUAACAAUGGACAGAGUGCUGGAUCGCACCCAAAUAUAUGGGCAGCUAGGAAGGAGUUGGCAGUGGGUGUUAAUGAGCCAGUACAAUCGGCCUGGUCAGGAGCUAGUGCUGUUUCAAAGUUGGCUCAUGCAAGUGCACCUGAAAAGGUGUCUUCAGGUAGAUGGCAGUCAAAGCAUUCUAUUCAGUAUCAAGCGGAUGUUGAGGUUUUUGGACAUUUGGAAACAGACAAGGGUUUAGGUUAUGCACACAAUAGGAUGGGUGCUGUAGGCAGUAGGGAGUAUUCUGAUGCAACACUAGCAAGGCAUGUGGAAAGGAGUUUGGCUAUUGAGGAUAGGUUCCAAGGUGGUAGGAAAGAGUACGUCGAUCAUGAAAGGACAAGGGCUGCUCCAUAUUCAGAACUAAAAGAGAGGAACCUAUCAGAGCACACUGACAGGGUUCAACCACAAAGUAAUGAUUUCAGAUUUAACGGGUCUGAAUUUCAAUCCUCUGUGCAAUCUGAACCAUCAGAACGGCCUAAGGGAUACCAACAGCUGAGCAGCUCUGCUAAUGGUCAUAUUGGAAAGGGUGAUUUGAAUGGACAUGUUAAUGCUGCAAAAUCUGGAUUAGCCAAUGAGAGUCAGAAUCAGGUGAUAGAACGACCGAAAUUGAGUUUGAAGCCGCGAUCACAGCCCCUUGAACAAUCAGAAGAGACAAGAGAAAGGGAAAGGGUUGCAUUAUUUGGUGGCGCACGCCCACGUGAAAUGGUUCUGAAGGCACGGGGAAUUGAUGGUGCUUCUGUAAGCAACCAUGACAUGGGUCAGCAUCCUCAUAGGGUCAAGCAUAAUGUUCCCAAGGUUGAAAGAAUUCCUGAGCAUGCAGUUCCUACUCGUCAUGGUGAAAGGACUGAUAAUAUGCCUUUGGAUCAAAGGACUGGAAAGAAAUUUGAGAGGAAGGAUCAGAGAGUUGAUAAGCAGAGAAGGAUUCGGCGAAAUGAGAACUGGAGGGACAGCAGGGAGAUUGAGAAGCAGCAGCAGCCGCAAGUACAGCAGGAGAGGCCUCCUUCACCGGAGACCUGGCGCAAGCCCGUUGAGCAACUGAAAUCUGCCUGUCCUGAUGCUACUGGCCAGCGCUAUGGCAAAACAGCUUCCGCAUUGGAGCUUGCCCAAGCAUUCUCCAAGUCAUUCUCAGAUCCAAAACCAGCUGACCAAUUUUCUGGCCAAAGGAGCCUCCCUGGCAAGACCCAGGUACCCUUUUCACGAUUGAUGGGCCCAACACCAGCGACUCAGAUAAAUGGCUACUAAAUCUCGGAUGGUAUUGUGGCCAAUUUUAUCUGGCGGUAAGAAGAUUGUGUUACUGAUACUUCAGCUGGGGUUGGAUGCGAGCUGCAAGCUUGAAAAUGUAUAUCACUCAUCAAAUGAUGUGCACUAUUAUUCAUAUCAUCUAGGAAAAUUGAUGGGCAUUUGAAAUUGAUUGAAAUGCUUCACCUUCUGUUAGUGCCAUCUUUACUCUAUAACCCCAUAUGUCUGUUUACCCUUUUCUUUUUCUUUCCUUGAUAACUGUACCCCUCAUUUUCUUAGAAGAGAAAGUGACAUGUUUUUGCGUCUUUGUAUUCGCAUUUUCGCUCUUAUGCUAUGAUACAAACAAGGGAGUCUAUAUUAUGGUUUGUCGCCAACAUGUUAUGUUCUUCAUUUGUUUUAAUAAAAAUCCAGGAUGAGCCGUUGUCAUUGGCAUAA